UAUUCUGAAGCAGGGCUCAGCUGAAAUUAAAGGCUGAACAGCAACAGGUCAACACCCACAGCAAGAUAGCAAAAAUUGGUCCCUUUUCUUGCUUUGACCUCCUUCUUCUCUUCAACUUUUCAUCUGCUUUCUACCUUUUGUCCUUUUGCUUGUGUACUUGUAUUCAACAUGGUUGUGGUGUCUGCUUCGCUCUCGGGUCUGUUAGAGAAAUUAGCUUCUCUUCGAUUUUCGGGCUUCUCGUUCGGACAUAAAAGGACUGAUGCACUCUUCGAACAGUUGCAGUCCACAUUGCUGUCUGUUCAAGCGCUGAUGCACGACGCAGAGGAGAAACAGAUCGAAAACAGCUCCGUGAAAGUUUGGCUGCGGAGAUUGGAAGACGUUUUCUACGAUGCAGAUGACCUGCUGGAUGAGAUUUCAUACGAUGCCAUAAAAAGGGAUUUGGAAGCUGCAUCUAAGACCUCCAAAUCAUGGGCUAGCAUAUUCGGGUCUGCUUCUGCGCAACGAUAUGGAAAAGGGAUUAGAUCAAAGAUGGAGAGGAUUUUUGCUGAGAUUGAACAAAUAGCUGCAGAGAGAGCAAGAUUUCACCUUAUAGAAGGUACGGUUUCAGUCUCAUCCGACUCUGUUUCGACUUCUUUUGUGGAUGAAUCCGUUAUCGUUGGCAGAGAGAAAGACAAGACUGAAAUAGUUUCGCGGCUGUUGCAAUCAGAUGAUGCAAGUGCAAGUGUUGAAGCGAUUGGCAUAAUAGGCAUGGUUGGGCUUGGUAAGACCACCCUCGCUCAGCUUGCGUUCAACGACAACACAGUGCAGAAGCAUUUUGACCUCAGAGCAUGGGUUUGUGUCUCGGAUCUCUAUGACAUUCGCAAAAUCAUGAAAACAAUUCUUGAGUACGCUACUUUGGGCACUUCUGAUUUUAGUGAUUUAAACGUACUUCAAAGUGAGUUGAGUAAGAGAUUAUCGGGUAGGAGAUUUCUACUCGUCUUAGACGACGCUUGGACUGAGAAUUAUAGGGAUUGGGAGAUCCUAAAGGCUCCUCUCUUGUCUGGUGCCAGGGGAAGCAAGAUCCUCGUAACCACACGUAGUGUAUUUGUUGCGAGUGUGGUGCCCUGUUCCAUUAAUUAUUUUCUGGAUCUGCUGGGAGAAAAUGACUGCUGGGCAAUUUUCGCAGGAUACGCAUUUGCAGGUAGAGGAGGCAAAAGUGAAAUUGAAAGGCUGGAGGACAUUGGCAAGCGUAUUGUGCAGAAAUGCGGGGGUCUACCUUUGGCUGUAAAAGCAAUUGCGGGGGUCUUGCGUUUGAAAAGGUCUCGUGAAGAAUGGCUUCAAGUCCUCAACAGCACACCAUGGGAACUGGAUGUUGUAGGUGAUCUUCUGCCAUCUCUACGUUUGAGCUACAAUCACCUCCCUCCAUUUUUAAAGCAAUGUUUUGCUUACUGUUCAAUGUUUCCUAAAGACAAUAAAUUUGACAAGGAAAAACUAGUCCUUCUAUGGAUGGCACAAGGCUUUCUACAACAGUCCCAUGGUGCCACAAUGGAAGAGGUAGGUUUUGAAUACUUCGACUCCUUAUUGAAGAGGUCAUUUUUUCAACAAUCAGGGGAUUUGUAUAUAACAAUGCAUGAUCUUAUGCAUGAUUUAGCCCAGUCAGUAUCCGAGAGGCUCUGUUCAAUAUUGGAUUUAGAUUAUGGAAUGGAAUCUGCAAUAACUAAUAGGACUCGCCAUCUACUAAUGAUAGGCAAAUUGGAUACUCCUGAGAAAUUUUGGGUCAUUGAUCAAGCUAAGAGCUUAAGGACCUUUUUUCUAAUUAAUACUUCACCAGACCAAUUAAGUCCUCACUUAUUGAAGGAUUUGCCGGUGAGACAACAACAGUUACGAGCUCUAUCUUUACCUCACUGUCAAAUUACUGAAUUGCCUACUGCGAUAGGAAAUUUGAAACAUCUUCGCUACUUAGACCUUUCUCACAGUGCAUUAAAGAGGUUGCCUGAAUCAUUAGGUACUCUUUACUUUCUGCAAACACUGAUAUUGACAAACUGCUCAUCUCUCACUAUGUUGCCAGAAGGCAUAGUUAAUCUGGUUAACUUGCGACAUCUCCACAUUAAGGGAACUGGCUUGCUGCAGAUGCCAGAAGAAAUGGGCAGAUUAACAAGCCUUCAGACUUUGACUAAUUUUAUUGUAGGCUGGGGUGGGUCACAGAUUAAAGAAUUGGGCACACUUAUAGAUCUUCGAACGUUGUCCCUUUCAGAGUUGCAAAAUGUAUCCUCUGCUUCUGAUGCAUCAAAGGCCUGUUUGAAUGCCAAGAGAUAUCUUAAUGAACUACAGUUGGAAUGGAGCAGUAUUAGCAAUGAUCCAACAAAGGAAAUUGAAAUAUUGAGGAAUCUAGAGCCUUGUAAAGAGUUGAAAAACCUUACCAUUAGAUAUUAUGGUGGCAUAGAGUUUCCAUCUUGGUUGGGAGACUCCUUCUCAAAUAUCGUUUUUCUGCAUCUCAGUGACAGCAACAAUUGCUCAUCUUUGCCACCAUUAGGACAGCUGCCAUCUCUUGAGCAUCUCAUUAUUGAAAGGAUUAGUGGAGUAACCAGCAUUGGUCAUGAGUUCUAUAGUGAAGAUAAACCAUUCCAGCAUCUGAAGAGAUUAAAAUUUGAAGGAAUGUCACGUUGGGAGCAGUGGAUAUCUCCUGAACUUGAAGAAGGAUUUGAAUUUCCCUGCCUGGAGGAGCUUUACAUUCAAAACUGUCCAAAUCUGGAGGGUGGUUUACCUGAGAGCCUUCCUUCUUUGUUGAAACUGGAAAUCUCUAACUGUCAGCAGCUUAAUGCUCAACUUCCAAAGGUUCCAGAUAGCUGUAAAGUGAAGUUAUAUGACUGUGAUCAGGUGCAGCAUAGAAAUGAAAAGAUGCCAUUGAGAAGUUAUGAUGAAGUAGCAUCACAGUUGUCGUCCACUGUGGCUGAUGAGAUUUCAAUCCAUUCAUAUGGUGGCUUUUCUAGAUCAUCAUCCUCAUUAAGUAAGAACUUGCAUGAUGAUCCCUCAACAUCAAAGAUGUCUGAGAUUCGAAAAGUUGCUGACAAACAUGAUGAUCAGAUUCAGACUGUGUCAAGUGAAGAUGGGAAGCAGCAGUUCCUUUCCUUUGCAAGUUUCAAAGUUUCAAGCAUUACACAGUUAAUGGAUUUGCCACCUGACUUGCUUAGCCUUAGAAUUGAAAGCUGUGAUGCCUUAGACUCUCUACCCUCUGGAAUAAAGGACAGAUCUUUUGAAGAAUUGUAUAUCAUUGAUUGUAUUUCAUUCAAGAACUUCCCUCAAGGUCAUCUAACCACUUCCUUGAAAACACUUUACAUCCGUAACUGCAGAAACUUAGAGUUUCCCCAACCAAAGAUAUUGAACCAGUUCAUAAUCCUCGAAGAUUUAUGUUUAGGGAGUAGUUGUGAUCAUCUCAAGUCCUUCCCCUUGAAUUCCCUCCCAAACCUUAAAACUCUAAGUCUCUGGGACUGCAAAAAUCUUGAAUCUCUUUCAAUUGAGAAGGAAUUGCAGAUUGAUAUAAAGUCACUUGAUGCCUUGGAAAUUAGGGAUUGUCCUAAUUUGACAACAUUUCCUAAAGAGGGAUUGCAAGCCCUAAGCUUGACAUCACUUGUUUUGUCCAAAUGCAGCAAACUAAAAUCUCUGCCAAGAUGGAUGCAAAGCCUCAUAUCUCUUCAGUCACUGCACAUAAACAGAUGUCCAGAAUUGGAGUCACUACCAUCGAGGGGCCUGCCCUCCAGCCUAAAUAUUCUUUGCAUCACUUUUUGUGACAAAAUCACUCCACAGAGAGCUUGGGAAUUAGAUAAACUGGAUUCUCUUGGUCAUUUUGAGAUUGAAGGUGGAUGCAAAGGACUGUUGUCAUUUCCUGAGGAUGGUUUGCUGCCAACCAAUCUUAAAUCUCUACGCAUCAGUAGACUUUCGAAUCUCAAAUGCCUGGAUGAGAAUGGGCUUCAACAACUCACCUCGCUUCAAACUCUAGAAAUAAACUGUUGUAACGAGCUUCGUUCCUUGCCAGAAGAUGGGCUGCCUUACUCCCUGUCUUUUCUAAGAAUUACAGACUGUUCUUUACUAAACCAGAAGCUUCAAAAGAGGAAAGGAAAGGAAUGGUUGAAGAUAGCUCAUAUUGCUUCCAUCCAUGUUGAUGAGUGAUUAAUACAAUUGCUUGUCAAUCUUCAACCAGGCACACUUCUACAGAUGAUAACAGCUUGACAGACUUUCUUCUGUGGGAGAGUGGGAAUGUAUUGCUGUUUUCCUCUGUCACUAGCUCCUAAAUACCAAGGCACCUGGAGGCUUUUAAAGAUUAUCCAAAAAUAUCCAAAUAUACAGGGUGCUGGGGACUGGGAGUGGAAAGGAAGGAGAUGCUUGGUGCAAGAAUUGCUGAGUAUUAAUGCUGUGAUUUUCUGGUUGCUGAAUUAUGUGAACUUUCUACGCUGUUGUGCAAUAAUGGCUGAUUUGGAGCUCUGUUAUUUGGUACUGUUACUAGCUAUUGCUGGCAUGAAGUGUGUAUGAACUCUUGUUUCUUCUUGUUACUUUUUGAAUGAAUCACUCUUGGAUAUAAUAUGCAGAAAAUGCUUUUGAA